AUGAGAACAGCUUUACUUACCAGUGGCAGCUUUUGCUGGACUUAUCAGCCGCAAGCAGUCCCCUCCCAGAGUUUUGUUGUUCAAUCUUCAUUGGAACAUGGAACUUGUAGGACAAAAGCAGAGAAUGGUUUGGUUGAUGAAGAAGCUGAGAACUUUUCUGGGAUUUUGAAGAGAAGAUCAGUGCUGUCUGCAGGAGUUUCUUUGUUUUCUUCUGCAGUAUUGGGUUUUCCAAGGGAAGGCUUGGCAGUGGUAAAACAAGGUCUUCUAGCAGGCAGGAUUCCCGGUCUGUCUGAACCAGAUGAACAAGGAUGGAGGACAUACCGCAGACCGGAUGAAAAGUCUGGAGGUCAUGGCGUUGGUUGGAGCCCUAUCAUCCCUUAUCUCUUUUCAGUUCCUCAAGAUUGGGAAGAGGUUCCUGUAUCAAUAGCAGAUCUAGGUGGUACAGAGAUCGAUUUGAGAUUCGGUAGCUCCAAGGAGGGGCGCCUCUCUGUCAUUGUUGCCCCUGUCCUGAGAUUUGCAGAUAAUCUUGAUGGAGAUGCCACAAUUGAAAAAAUUGGACGUCCAGAGACAGUGAUCAAUGCAUUUGGACCGGAAGUUAUUGGGGAGAAUGUUGAAGGGAAGGUUAUGAGCAUAAAUGUUGUACAAGACUCUGGAAGAACAUAUUACCAGUAUGAGUUGGAGCCGCCUCAUGUUCUGAUUACAGCAACUGCAGCUGGGAAUCGCCUGUACUUGUUUAAUGUGACCGGAAGUGGUCUUCAGUGGAAGAGGCAUUACAAGGAUUUGAAAAAAAUAGCCGACUCCUUUCGUGUCGUCUAA